AUGUUUUCAGGUGUAGAAACUACUGCUUCCAGAUCACAGAGACUGUUGAAGAUAGUGGUGAUGAUUGGGAACAUGGCAGAAAAGGUGCUAUUAUCAUAAGAUUUAUUGUUUUUCCUUUUUUUAGGAAAAAUAAUGAAGAUGACCAAACUUCCUAGUUAUAUUGACAUAAAAAACUUCUUUUGUCCACAAGCCAGCUUUGGGAUCUCAGCAAACGCCUUCCUUCUUCUCUCCCACGUCUUCACUUUGGUCUUUACUCACAGGGUUAAGUCCAUUGACAUGACAGUUAGUCACUUGUCCCUAAUACACAUACUGCUGCUCUUCACCAAAGCAAUAUUGGUGUCCUCAGACUUGUUCAGGUCACGGAAUAUUCAGAACGAUGUAAGGUGCAAGGCAGUAGUCUUGUUAAGUAAGGUGCUGAGGGGCCUCUGCAUCUGCACCACCUGCCUCCUGAGUGCACUCCAGGCCAUCACCAUCAGCCCCAGCAGCUCCUCCUUGGCAAAGCUCAAACACAUUUCUCCAAAUCACACCCUAGGAUUCUUCCUUUUCUCGUGGGUCCUCAACGUGUCCAUCAGUAGCCACCUUCUGCUCUACACUGUGGCCACCCCCAAUGGGUCUGAGGCCAGUCUUCUGUUUAUCACGAAGUUCUUUUUUGCCCAUGAGCUACAUGCACAGGAGCAUGUUUUCCACACUAACGACAUUGAGAGAUGUCACCUUCAUAAGGUUCAUGGUCCUCUCUAGUGGCUACAUGGUGAUUAUUUUGUAGACAUAAGAGGUUGUCCCAGCACCUCCACGGUACCAGCCGCUCCAAGAGUCUCACCAGUGAAAAGGGCUUCUCAGACCAUCCUGCUGCUGGUGAGUUGUUUUGUCUUCCUAUACUGGGUGGACUUCACUUUCUCAUUUUCAGUGCUUGUGACAUGGAUAAAUGACCCUCUAUUGGUGUGGUUCCAGAUUAGUGUGGUCAAUAGCUAUGCCACCAUUAGUCCUUUGGUGCUAAUCCAUGCAGAUAAGCGAAUAUUCAAGAUUGUGCAAACUCUGUGGUGGAAGAAGAAAUAA